AUGGCGGACAUUCUAAAGGAUGGGAACACUGUUUUACACACAGCUGUUAGGAGUGGAGAACUCGAAAUGGUCAAACUGUUACUCAAAACAUCAAAUAUAGAUCCUAAUCAAAAGAAUAAGCAUGGGAACACUCCAUUUGACAUAGCUGCAGAAGAAGAACGAUUCGAAAUUUUAAAAUUGUUAUUAGAAAGAACAUCUAUAGAUCCUAAGCAAGUAUAUAAGGAUGGUAACACUGUUUUACACAAAGCUGUUUGGAGUAGAGACCUCGCAAUGGUCAAAUUGUUACUCAAAACAUCAAGUAUAGAUCCCAAUCAAGAGAAUAAGUUUGGUAACACUCCCUUAAACGCAGCUGCUGAAGGUGGAGUCAUCAACAUUGUUAAAUUCUUAUUAGAAAGAGCAGAUAUAGAUCCGAAUAAAGAAAAUAAAUUAAAUGGUAAUACUCCCUUACACUCAGCUGCUAGUUGUGGAAAUCUUGACAUAGUUGAAUUGUUAUUAGAAAGAGCAGAUAUAGAUCCAAACGGUGAAAAUAAGUAUGGUUAUACUCCCUUGCACAGAGCUGUCAAAGGUCAAUUCAUCAACAUAGUUCAAUUUUUAUUAGAAAGAGCAGAUAGUGAUCCAAAUAAAACUGACAAGUAUGGUGAUAACGCACUACAUGUGGGUGCUCGUAGAGGGAAUUUCGAAAUAGUCAAAUUGUUGUUAGAGAAAACAGAUAUAGAUCCAACUGAAAAAAAUCAGCUGGGCAACACAGCAUAUGAUGUUGUCGAAAACUACUGGAUUGAUUCGGAAGAAAAGAGAGAUGCAAAAGAAGUAAUACAGUCUUAUAUGACCAAAGAAAGAAGUGUCCCUAAAAACACUACUACAGUUCUGGAACAAGACGAGUCACCUGAAGAGAGGUCUGAAAGCGUAGGAGUAAAUCAGGAUCUGCUUCCUUUUGCUGGUACGUCCGAAGAUUUCCACAUUUUACUUUCCACUGGAACUUAUGAAUCGUUUGAAAAUAGAGUUUUUCUUUGUGGAAGUUGUGCAUGUGGGAAAUCUACCCUUGCAAGCGUUCUAAUUGGUAGUCCAAUACCGCUUACGUGGAAAUCAACAGAUGGUUUGGUAAUACACUUUGGUCGUAACGGUAUCAACUUGGAAACUUAUGAGAUGGUUCCCUUAAAAGAAGAAGAUAGAGGUCAUAAUGUGAUGACAAAGUUAAUCAUCGGAAAGCCCAAUCGUGAGAUACUUAUACGUCAAAGCGCUGAUACGAAACAGGAGCUGUGUAUUGCGCCAUUCUCGGCGGAUCGUCCAGAAUCAAGUCUACAAGUUAAAAAGAAAAGUACCAGUUUCAGUUCAAAAGCUGUUGUAUCACCCGAGGCUAUGAGUGUACAAAAUAAACAUUUACAGGAUGACAAGACCACCCCAUCCGAAGUGAAAAGGAUUAGAUCGAUAAGUCGUCCUCAGUUGAAAAAAGUUGAAUCAUAUGCAGUACAUGACGACAUUUUGAAAGAAAUAAAAAGUGGCCAAUACAAAAUUAAGAUUGCCCCUUCAGAUUUAGUUGACUUUGGUGGUCAACGAUCAUAUGACAUGACCCAUCAGUUAUUUGUUCAGCACGGUGGAACAUUCGUGGUGAUGUUUGAUGGCAGUAGGGAUUUUCAAGAACCGCUGACAGAAUAUCCUACGGGAGAUAUUUCGAAUGAAUCUAUUGUGAAACAUUGGGUGAAUUCAAUACUUACCUACUGUGUUGAUGAUGAUGAUUUCAUGCCAAAGAUAUUGUUUGCUGCAACGCAUAGUGACCUUCUCUCAGAUGAUAUGCAGAAGAAGAUGAAAAUGCAAUUUGUAAAAAAAAUCACAGAAAUGUUUGGUUCACAUGAAAUGAAGAAACACAUAAUCUUUGAACCAGUUUUCUUCAUAAAUGGUACGGACAAAUACGAUCAUGAAAUUCAGAAUUUAACAAACCAACUUGUCACUAUUGCUCGAGCCAAGCCAUCGUGGGGACAACGUCGACCAAUGCUGUGGGUUCCCCUUGAGCUUCUGAUUGCUAAUAUGAUAAAAGAUAACGUCCAUAUAAUACCCAAAACACAGUUAGCUGAAGCAAACAUAAUGAACAAAGACCUAGCCUUGUCUGAGAGACAACUGGAAGAUUUUCUCUUAACACAACAUUCUUUAGGCAAAAUAAUGUACUUUAAUCAGCCAGAGCUUAACAAUUUUAUCAUUCUUUAUCCUCCUGCAUUGGUCAACAUUCUUCGAUCAUUUAUAACAGAUGAAAUAUUUUGGCCUAAGAAUGAGACUCUUAAAGGUAUUCUACGAAGAAUGAGAGAAACUGGAAAAUUAUAUAAAAGAGAUCUUCUAAAACUAUGGGAACAGGAACAAUUCGUUCAUCAUAUACAAGAUGGUGACUUCAAAGAGUUCAUCAUCCAGGUUCUAGUGCAUCUCGAUGUUUUGGUCAUACCGAAACAAUACUCUAACAAGAGUGAUGCGCACGUCGACUAUUUCUUAGUUCCAUGCACAGUUAAACACAAGAUGCCGAUGUCCUUUCUAGAUGACAAAUCAUUUGCAAAAAGGACAAUUGCGUUGGUCUAUCAAAUAAAGAAGUCAUCCAUACCAUCAGCAUUGUCUUUUAAACUGGUUGGUGCAGUCAGUGGUAUUUGGCCUAUCAAGGAGGUGGACGGACGGCCGUUAUUAUAUCAUUCCUCAGCCGUGCUAUGUGUUGACAGCAACAACGAGAUUAGAAUAAUGGUAGAAGAAACAAGAGUCGUCGUCUAUCUUACGAACAUGUCAUCUAGGUCUUACAUCUCCCCAGAUAUUGCAGCCAGCAUUCAAGAAUGCUUGACCGUUACUUUACAAGCUGUUUUGAAAUUUUAUUUGAUCAGCAUUGGAAAGAACCAGAAAAAAGUUAAUUUGACAAAUCUCUUUAACAUCGAAGUCGGAGAAGUUUGUGGCAGAUCUCCAUGUGUGUUAUCCAUUGCAAAGGUGAAACAAACCGAAAACUGGGUGUGUGAGUGUGGAAACAAACACUCCUCCAGAAGAUCAUUGCUGUGGGUUUUUAAUAAGAAACAAGAAGAAUGUCCAUCCCAUUGUCAAGGUCUUGGAAAAACUGCCCUGACAAUGUCACCAAGCGAGCAACAUCUGUCAAGACUUGCCAAUCAGCUUGAUAUCAAUAGUUGUAGAGAGUUGAUGAUUCAUCUUGGGUUACAAAUGAAUGAUUGGAAUGAUAUUGAUUACAGCUACACAAGGAUGCCUCUUGUUAUCAAAAUAAUGGCAUUAAAUUUCUGGAGAACAAAAACCAUACGUGGUAAACCAACAAAAUCAUUCAACGACUUGCUGGAUGCUCUAAAGGCAGUGGGGGAUGAAAGACAUUUGCUAUGCAAGGUGUUCAGGGAAGACACACAAUUGUUAGAUAUUGCAGAAAUCCGACUACAAGAAGUUCCACACGAUGAUGUUCUGAGGGAUCUGCCCAGAAACCUUGGAAACUGCGCCAUACAACUCGGAAUUGAGCUGGGAGUUAGUAUAAGUUCGAUAGAGGAGACAUUAACACGGCAUCCAAGGGACAUGUACGAUCAGAUAGAAGACAUCCUCAGAAAAUGGAAAACUUCAAGAGGAGUAAAACCUACAAUAUACAGGUUAAUGUUAGCUCUUGAACGCGUACAUACUGGAGGAUUGGAAUAUUUGAAGGGUUUCUACAUUGGACAGUAAAUCAUGGUCAUAUAUAAUAAACAUAUAAUAGCAAUUAUAAGAUGUCACUCUAAACUUCACAAGAUACCGUAGACAAUCAAAUCAAAAUCAAAAUCUAUCAAAUAAUUCUACGGAAAAAUAUAACUGACAAAAAAUUAAAACAAUCAUUUUCGAUUCAUGACAAUGUUUAUGCUUUUACUAUACUCUGUUGUACAAAGAUCAAAUGAAAUAUGUACCUCUCUGUAUUGUGGUUAUGUUUACCUCCAAUGCCUAGUAAGGUUUUAAGUUUUAAAUAUCUACAAAGUUGUAUGUGCAUAAUGAUAAAAAAUAUUACUUGAUUCAAAUUUCAGUAACACAUCUAAAGUAUAAUACAUUAUAAUAACAUGGGUAAAGUACAACGUGUACAGCAACAUAUGCGGAAUUGAACAAAACAUGUAUAUUUAGUAAGGCUAAACGCAUAAUUGUUGAAUCGCUUAAUCUUACAAUACCAAGUACAAUCCAAAACAGGACAAACCCGAACCUGUUUGGUGUUCAUGAGAAACCUGAAUUAAUGCUAUUUUUGCCACAUUUAAUUAUACAUUUUUUUUUCAAAUCAAGCUCGGUUCAGAAUGUGAUAAAAAUGAGCACUAAACGUUGGCAAUGUCUAAAUAUGAUGUGUACAUUUUGAAUAUUAAUAAUAUGAUGUAAGCUGGUUUAUAUAUGUCAAAAAAGAACGCUGCUUCGUGUAGAUAAACGCAAGGGUACUGUUUUGUAGUUGUAGUUAUAUUAUAUAGUUAUAGUUAUAUUGUUGUAAAUAUUUGUCAUAUAUGCUUGACUCUACUAGGUCUUACCAAACAAUGUUUGAAUAAGGCUUAUCGAGUUAUUGAUAUACAUUUGUGUAUGACUACGGAUAAAAGAGAUCGAAUUAUUAACAAAAAUUGAUUCGUUUUGUGAAUUUUACAUUUUGGUUUCAAAUUGAUAACUUCAUAACAAGAUUGUAAAAAAUGAACAAAUGUAAAGAUGUAUUUUAGCGUAACAGCUCAAUCAGUAUAAAACAUACGAAUUGUUCAAUGUAUUUUUAGCAUAAAAUAUAUAUAAAAAAAGUAGAUAGUCAUUAUGGUUUCGUGUUUUUAAAUAAUAGUAAACAUUUAUCUGUUGACGAAUAAAUAAAGGCAACAGUAGAAUACCGCUGUUCGAAAUUCAUAAAUCGAUAGAGAAAAAACAAAUUCGGGUUACAAACUUAAUUUGAGGAAAACGUAUCAAAUGUAAGAUUGACAAAAAACAUCUUCGAUUUCUCAAACAAAAUUUGUGCCGUUUUUGGUUAUUAUCUUGAAUAUUAUUAUAGAUAGAUAUAAACUGUAAACAGCAAUCAUGUUCAACAAAGUAAAAUCUACAAAUAAGUCAAAUGAUCAAAAUGGUCAGUUGACCCUUUAACAUGUUUAUUAAAGGAGUUAUUGUCCUGUAAAGUCCAUUUUUAACAAUUUUUCAUAAUUUUUUGAUACCUGUUACAAAAAUCUUUUCUUUAGAUCCUCUAGUUUAUAGACACAAUUACAAAUUGAUAAAUCGACAUGAUCAUUUUUAAAAGUCACACUAACGAAUUAAUAGAUCGACAUGAUGUCUCAAACGCCGACUAUCAUUUUUUGUAGUCACAAUAACGAAUUAAUAAAUCGACAUGAUGUCUCAAUCGUCGACUAUCAUUUUUAGAAGUCAAAAUAACGAAUUAAUAGAUCGAUAUGAUGUCUUAGAAGACGACAAUCAUUUUUAGCAGUCUCAAUAACGAAUUAAUAAAACGACGUGAUGUCUCUAACGCCGAUUAUUAUUUUUUCCUAAACGACGACAUUAUUUUUGUCAAGUGCGUUGUUAUCCUUAUUAAAAUUCUAGAUUCGAAAUACGGCGAAAAAUAUAGCAGAGAAUGGAAUUUCGAGAUGAUCGGUAACAAAUAUCUAUUGUCACCUAUGUGUUUAUAAUUUAUUUCCUGAUCAAUAUCCGUAUCAUAUAUUAUCGUAAUCUUGUGUACUUCAUAUGCUACAAUAGCUUUAUGCUAUUCAUGAUUUGAACUACAAUUCAAGCAGCAAAGUGAGAGGGAAAAUAUAGAAAGAUAAAUAAAACAAAUGAAUAUUUCUUAGAUAUCCUUCUUAUCCAUAUAAGAAGUGGUAUGAGUACCAAUCAGACAACUCUCCAUCCAAGUAAUAAUUUGAAAAAGAAACAAGAUAUGUCUUCAACAGGGAGCCUUCACCUACAUCGAACAGCAAGCUAUAAAAGACCCCAAAAAUGACGAUUGUAAAACCAUUCAAACAGGAAAACCAACGGUUAUGUUCUUUUGUAACAUUUGGAUAAGAAAAAAAUAAUAACUCUGAAAGAAAAAUGUUGCAUAGUAAAUCAACUUAUAUAGAAUGAAAAUGUGAAGUUUAAUCCAACAGUCUAAAAUUGUAUUUACGAUUUUGCUGGAAAUAUGAAAUAUAACAUCUGAUUUAAUGAUAUAUUGAUUAAUACCAUUAAUAUGAAGGGAAUAAAUAAUGUUUUUUUUAAUACUUGUAAUUCAU